AUGGCACACUCUGACAAAAAGUGUCGAAGUUGUGGCUGUCGGAACAAGGUGUGUCGACGGCGUCGAACAGAGCAGCGACGUCAACUACAGCACUUGAAUGGUUUUGCUCAAUUCUUGUAUGCUCCAAGGACAAGUGCAUAUAGAAGAUGGUUAAGCAAGGACUGGGAAAACGAGAUUCGACCUGACGUGGUUCUCAUUGAUAGUCGCGAUAUUCAAGAUAUGCGCAAUUCAGUCGACAGAAUGCAGCGUCAAUUAUCGCAAGGUCUUCGAGACAUACAAGAGAUCCGAACUCUAGUAAAACAAGUAGUAGCUCGAGACCGUUAUAUGUCACGACUGCGUACGGACAGCAUGCCAAAGCGUUCUCCAUACUCAUGUCCUAGCUCUGUGUCUUCUGUUAAUACAAAGACGUCAAAACCUCGAGAAGACUUUGAAGCAAACAAAGCGUGGUUGGCAUCCGUCCUGGUUCCAAUCGAGCCAAAGAAUGAUCUGAGAACACCAAUUGAUCCUCAAUCAGAAAGCUCAUCAUCUCCAAAUACAGCAGUUCAAACUCCAGUUCAGAUGACUGUGAAUAAUUUUGCGCAGAAAAAGAUGCUGCUGCCGUAUUUGGACAAGAUCGAAUACAUGAAUUGUCAGCUAAGACAGCGUGGACUUUUACCAGCUGAGUCUGUGGUCAAGAUAGCAAAAGAUGUUCUUCCUCACGCAAAAGAGAUUCCGAAUCAAAAAGAAUCAGAGACGGAAAGUCAAAGAACGGACUCGACACCAACUUCGGACAAGUUUUCGGUUAAAUUGCUGCAAGGGCGUUACCCGAGACUUUUCAAGGCUGUAGUACAAAAUCGUCAUAAAAAAUGUUUUCAACCCAGACGACGACAAAUCAAUUGGCUUCUUCGAACGAUUGACGGUAUCUACAAUGCACUUGCAGAGUGUGUAUUGAAUAAGAUGGAAAGUGAGAAGGCAGAAGUUGCGUCUGUGCGUUUAAAAGACUUGAGCAGACGCCGAAAUGGUCACAUGACCUCAUCGAGAUGUCUGGCUAUGCCAUUUUUCACUCGAACAUUUAUUUCCCACUCCCUAGGCUUACGUCAACUUGCCGAGCAAGAGUGUAUGGAUCUUAUGUACAACAUUGAGCUAUUUUGUGAACAGUAUCCACAGGUGGCAAUGUUUGGAUUGUUUCUACGAGAGAUAUUUGACCACGACACGCUGCUCUUCUUUUUAUUCAUACGUCAUGAAUUACAAGAUGAAUUUGAUCUUGAUUUUAGUACGAAAGAAAAACUAGCGCAUUCAUCUAGCACCAGUAAAGCAAAAAAGUACAUUGCCGACAAUCUCAUUGAAUUCCGUACCCACCCCCAUAUUCCAGACGGAACAAAGCAGGUGUUUUUUAUCAAAAAAGCGUGUGAGAUCAUCAUGCAGCGCAUUUUUGACACUUGUAGCCACCAAUGCUUCGACAAAUCUUCUCCGAGUGCAAGCCCCACCUUACUGGCUCACUACGUCAUUCGUGAAGCUUUUAAAGGUCAAUUUGUCAAAGAUGAAACCCGUUCAAUCAUCUCCGUGGACACUUUUUUCACGACCUUAAUCAACUUGUACCGCAAAGUGCCAGACGACAUUACCACUCAGUUUAAACUUCAGGAUGAUGGAUCCUUGUCCAACUUGAUUCGACUUCGAGAUACCGUAGCACUGAACUCAGACGUUGACAAGUAUAUCGCUUUGUACACCGAGCAAGAACGACAUCUACGAAAUCAGAAAAUUCAACUCAUGAAGAUGGAGCGUAGCGAUACAACUGAUCAGUUUCGGAUUGAUCGAAAUCUUCUUCGAAAUCAGAUUCGUCUACAAGAACAAGAGCUUCAACAUACUCAAAAGAAGAUUCAGGAAAGCGAGACAUUGGUGGACAAUGUCUGGAAAAAAAUCAUCUUUGUGAAACCUGCUCAAAAUUUCAUUCGGCAGCACAGCAGUCAAGAACUCUCCACGUUUCUGUUUUCUAAAGAUCUUGUCUCUGUUCUUGGUCGAUUUGAAGCGUUUGUUAAAAAUUUGUAUCAUAAUCAUCAUAUUGAAGUCAAAGCUUUGACUUUCUUCGCUGUUCCAUGGAAACAACAGAUGGAAGAGCUAAAAAUUCGGAUGGUGAUCCGAAUUCAACGCGCCUAUCGCUCACGUCAAAGCUUCUACAUGGCAAAACGAAAAGCUCGAGAAAAACGUUUGAAAACCAUUCAAGAACAAAAGUUCAAGCUGUUGGAAGAAAAAAGACGCCAAGCCUUUUUUGAAAACGAGCUCAAAUCACGAAAAAAGCAGAAAGAGAAGACUCAGCAUGAACUACAGAAGAGGCUUAAAAAUAUGAUGCGAAAAGCACAGCAACAAGAGGCGAUGGAAUACAACGCAGCUCGGAUGAAGAAGCAGGUUAUUCAUGUCAUUGUACAAUGGCAAGCUUUUGUCGUGAAGAUUAAGCGACAACGACAAGCUGACAAGUUUUUCUUGAAAUUUAAACUUAUCAAGUGGAAAUUGUAUUGCAGCGAUCAUCAUCCUUUGACAAAAGCAGCGCAAACACUUCAGCGGAAUUUCCGCCAUCGAAAAGAGCGAAGGAAGUUUCGUCGAGCAAUAAAUUUACGUGUCAAGCGUAGCCGAAUGGCCAAACGAUAUUUACUUAAAAUUCAAUUGCAAGUGCUAAACAAAAUUGUGAACCAGUGGAUGGCAUUUACUAUCGAGCAGCAACGACAUCGAGAUGUAUUUGCAUCAAUCAUUCAAACGAGAGAAAAACGAUGGUUCGAUUGGUGGCUGUGUUUUAUAACCAGAGUCAAGACUUGUAGACUUAAAGCAGUAGCAUUAAUUCAACGACAGUAUCGAGGUCGAAUAGCACGUCACGUCUUUUAUCAGCUUCGUACUCGGCAUUUUAAAGCUAUUGAGAUCCAACGAGUGUAUCGAGGUAGAAAUGGUCGAGUACUUGCAAGAAAGCGAAAGGAACUUUUAAUGAUCCAAAACAAUCGAGUCAUAUCAAUUCUACGUCGUGUGAAAAAUCGACAAGUCGGGAAAUACUUUGAUAUCAUUCUACGCUAUAGGAAUCAAAGGACUCGAAUCAAAGAGAUGGCUAAUUCCCGAGAGCAUGUGAUGAAAAAGUUGAGUAUUGGAACGUGGCGACAUUUUGUCUUGAUGAGAAAACAAGAACGCAUUGAGCUGUCAAGACAUCGUAACCAUAGUGCGUUCGUAAUCCAGCGUUAUUUUCGACGAUAUCUUAGUCAUUUACUAUUGAAGAAGACAUUGUCAUUUCAUCGAGCAGCUUUAAAAAUCCAAUGCGUGUUUCGAGGGUAUCACGGUCGAAUAGUAGCGAAAUGCCGUCAAAGGGACAUGAGAGCAGCCAUUUGUAUUCAGACAAUAUGGAGGAGGCAUAGGGCCAAGAUGUACGUAGCUGCGAUACGUGCAGAGAAACUUUUUGUCGCGACCCGAAAUGGGAAUUAUACGACAGUUCAAUCGGCGCUUAUUAAGCAAGAAGGGUAUGUUCUGGAUACUGAUGGAAACACACUCCUUCAUCAUGCAGCAGCAGCUGGCCACCUACGUCUAGUCAAACUCUGUCUCCGUCAUUGCAUGAAUAUCAAUCAAGUAAACAAACACAAUCAAACUGCAUUGCAUCUGGUCUUUGCCUCUAUUCCUGCUUCUACUAGUUUAUCCGAGAUAAAAGCACGUGAUAAACGUAUUGUGCUUGCAGCGUAUAUGAUUGACCAUGGUGCAUGGACUGAAGCACGGGAUAAAGAAGGAUUAACGCCAUUUUUAUUAUGUGCUGUAUUAGGUCACAGUGAAGCGAUCGAGAUGUUAUUGAGCUAUGGAGUAGAUACAGAAACCAGAACAAAGUUAAGGAAUUUAAAUGCACUCCAGCUAGCAGUUGAAGGCAAUCAUAUCGCGACAGUGAAGGUACUUCUCGAGUCAGGAAACUUUGACAUGGGUAAGAAUGGUCGCACCACGUCUUUAUUACUCCAUGUAUGUGCUGCAAGAGGAUUAAUUGACUGUGUUCGGGUACUACUUGCACAUCUUCGACGACGAAUACAAGUGUUUGGUUACGAUGUAUUCGAUCAGAGAGAUCUGGAAGGUUACACUCCAUUAAUUUACGCUGUCAAUAACGGCUCUCUUGAUUGUACAAAGUGUUUCUUAGAAGCUAACGCUAAUCCGAACAGUACGGAUCUGGAUGGUCGUACCCCACUUCAUUUUGCGCUGAGUUUCACCGACUUAGGCACUCGAGAGGCUCUUGUUAAUCUCUUGAUUCAAUACGAUGCGGAUGUGAAUGUGAAAGAUCGAGAUGGUGAUACACCGCUUCAUGUUUCUUGUGUAAAUGAUGAGCGUUUAGCCUGUACACAUCGUUUGCUUUCGAGUGGUGCAUUCUUUUAUGCAAAUACCGUUGGAAAUCAUCCAACACACAUUGCAGCUCACAAUGGAGCUGUGAAGACGCUUAAACUGUUUGUAGAUUAUGGUGGAGAUAUGAAUUUAAAGAAUUAUGGCGGCAAAACACCAUUAGGUAUGGCACGAAUGAACAACCAGCAAUUAGUCGUACAAUAUAUUACUGCAUCAUUUGCAGUGGAAUCAACAGGCGGUAAGAAUGAUGUCAUGGAGGAGUGUCGAAAAGGUCAAGACAAUUUCGAAAAAGAGCAAAGCUCCAAAGAGGAUGGUACAAAGUGUCAAACAGAUCGGACAUUGUCCGACUGGACGACUGCGGUCUCGAAUGCCUAUUGUAUGGGCUCUCUUGCUGAGUGGACACAAUACAUUGAUGCUGGAACAGGAAGGCCAUUCUACACUAGUAUGGGACCUUUAGGUGAUCCUUUAUAUUCGUGGGAACCAUCCGUUGAAUUCAAAGCUUGUAUGGGCAAAAGUUGGGAGCUUGUACAGUAUGCUUCUAUACUCGAAGCACAUGAUACGCAGGCUAUAAAUGAGCACCCGUAUCUGUACCAUAACCUAGUCACAAACGAAUACUCGACAACAAUACCACCAAUUGACUACGCAUUAUUACCAGAACUCGUUCAACAAUCCCAACGAAUCACACGAUUACGGACUCGUGAUCGAAAACUCUCGACCAACGAAAUCAAUACAUCUACAAUGGAAUAUCUGCAGUAUAACUGCAAUUUCAACAAUGAGAAGACCCAACUUUGCGAUCAAAUUCGUGCUGCGAGUAAAAUUCAGCGUCACUUUCGUGCAAAACGAACAUGUGCACUUGUCAAGAUGUUAGUGUAUCAAAAUCGUCGGGUUGUUGAUCUCCAGCGGGCAUUUCGAGGGCAAAAAGGUCGUCGAGAAGCUACAAAUCGACGAAUCCAAUGUUCUAAGAUCAUAAAGAUCCAAGCGGCUUAUCGUGGCUAUCGAACUCGUCAAGACGAAGCUCAUGGUCGACGCUUACAGCGCGAACUCCAUUUACAACGAAGACUUGCUGCACGAUCUAUUCAACGGGUUUUUCGAGGUUUCAUGGGUCGAAAACGAGCAUAUCGUGCAAAGGUGAUUUUAAGACUUGGAUCAACGAUUUCGUUGGAAUGGGAAUUGUAUCGAAAGCGCGCACGGAUAGUACGAACUUUCAAAGCAUGGGAUGAAUUGGAGAUCUACGCUGAGUUUCCGGGUGUGUUCUUCUAUCAUCAUCGAAUGACUCACGUCUGUAGCUGGGAUCAACCUGUACCGUGGGUAGAUUAUGAUCGAGAAGCAUUUGAAGCUCGACAACAAUUGUUCUACUGGGGGUACACGAAACGAAUGGAACAAGCAGCACAUAGUCUACAGGGUAUGUGGCGCGCACGUGUUGCACGUAAGUCAUUUCAUAUGAUCUUACGUGCUGUGCGCUUGAUGAAAACCUGUGAACAAGCGUAUCUUGAUGAUCCUACACAUGUAAUUAAACUUGGGAACUAUGUGUUAUAUUUGCAUACAAUCACACAUGACUACGAUCGAGCACGACCUUUAUAUCAUCAAUUGAUGCGAAUUAUGACACAAAGGGGACCUGAUAUUCCCUUUGUGCUUUUUUCGUACGGACUCUUUUUGCACGUGACAUUAGAGGAAGACGACACCGUAGUGGAAGAGAUGAUUCAACGUGGAAAACUAGCGGAUCCAAUGCUAAUUAAGUACAAAUUGGCAUUUGUGGGCUUCUUUCGCCAAGCAGUUCUUCAAAAUCCAAAGAAUGCUGAGGCUCAUAUCAAUUAUGCAGCAUGUACCCACUGGUUAUACGAACAGUAUGAUGAAGCGACACGUCAUUAUCUCAAAGCAUUAGCUUUAGCACCUCAUCGAAAAGGAAGUUUAGACCUUUUUCAAACCAUGUUAAAUCGUAAGAGACGGAAAGAGAGGACAAAGUCCACUCCACUAGAAAGAAAAGGUUUGAAAAAGAUGCAAGAUGCUGGAGAAUACGAUCAGUUUGAUGCUUUUGCUCAAUUUCGACGGUGGCAGUCGAAGGGGGGGAAAGGAAAGGAAUAUUUUGGCUAUUGGACUGUGAACGCCGAGCAAAGUCGUGCAGUAUUUGAAUCAGUUUCUCUUAGUUGUCGCAAGGACUUCGAUGAAAUGGGUACAAGCUGA